AUGCAGUUACAUUCAGCUUUCGCGCUUAGUUUAUUGUUAAUAGCAAAAACAGAAGAUUCUGAUGAGAUAGACAGAUUGAUUAUCACAAAUGACAUCUACCCAGAACAAUAUACUGAUCAAGAUGAUUUCGGAAGAAUAAUAGAAAAAGGUUUAUAUGUUUUUAAAGAUGGCAUUGCUGUUAAAUUAUUGGAUAAUGGUAGAGAUGUUGCUGCAGCAGCUGAUGAAAGUAAUGUAGCCUUUAUAGCUGCGGGUGACGGUAUAUAUUUAUAUAACGAUGAGAGAGUUUCAGUACAUAAAUAUGGCAAUAUAUCUGAUAGUAUUAUUGGUAUAGCAAAACCAACUCAUAGUGAUAUAAUUUAUAUAUUAACUGAAGAUAAAGAAGUAUAUAUUGUUAAUGGACUCGAUGAUAAAAAAGAAAAAGUAAAUGAUAUAAUAAACGCUGAACAAAUAAUAUUAGAUAACGAAAAUAAUUUAUAUUAUUUAGAUUCUGAUACACAAGUUUAUUUUUAUGAUUUUCUCAGUGUUACAAAGAUCGAGGGAUUACCUGAUUACGCGUUUAGUGCACGACUUUUGAAACCACCGAUAACAACACAAGAUUUCGUACCAUUUUUUGUAGAUGGACAAUUAUAUUGCAUCAAUACUAAGGGAUACGCAGAGUUGUUUGAUAAAGUUGAAUUUGCAGGUAACGGUACGCCAAGUGCUUACGCUAUGGAAGACGGUGUGGUCCAUUAUUAUGCAAUUAACAAAAAGAUAUAUGAAUUUGAUAUUUAUGACAUUCUACAUAAUGGUGCUAAAGGUCUUUUAGGGAAACUUGUAAAGAAAACUGUUGCAGAUGAAAUUCUCACUUUGAUAGGUUUGUUAGUGUAG